GUUUCACGGAGGCAAAGCACGCCAUUUUCUCAGCCCAGACUCAGCAAGUGCAGCCUUGCAAGACCCACGGGUUACGCCGGUACAGGAUUCCGCUGGCUAUCUUGGAAAAUACAGAGGAUAUGCACCUCCAAGUGAUAGAAGACCUUCUCUCCGACCUCUACAACAUAUACCCGCUGAAGAUGGACCUUGCUGAUGUUGGCCGCGCCGGAAAAGUGUUUCGGUCCAAUGUGACCGACCUGUCGUAUUUGCUCACACCGCGGGAACAGGAUGUAGUGCAAGAGAUGAACAGACUCUUCAGGCAGAGGACGGGGUUGAGCCCAGAAAGCCAGCCUAACCUCUGCUAUUUUUUAGGCGAUAAUUGUGAUUUCUCCGUUACAUGGAGUGCGGUGAGCAACAAAGUACCUACGUUUAGACGAAACGUCUCAGCCGCCAAAUUCUGGUAUCCAUCGGCAAAACGCUGGCUGACGCAGGCCGAGAAGCUGCUAGCCAAGCAUUUAGAGAGAUUCCAAGCUGCCCAGGUCAAGUCGGGCAACCGUGUUAAGGGCAAGUUAGAUGGUUCAAAAUGGUGA